UGUCAGCCCGGGGGACCUGCGCGCGUCCGGUGCCCGCCACUUAACUGGGCAGGAUGACCUGGGUACGACUCGGACAUUCAUCUGUAUAAUAACCACACUUACUACUGGGGUUGUUUGCUGUAUUAAAUAGGGCCGUAUAUAUAAAGUUUGAUAAGGACUCAAUAAAGGUGAGCUGCUUUUAUUAUUCCCGAGGUAUGCUGUUCUUUUCAUUCUUGGCUCAUUUAAUCAUAAUCAUCAUGACCAUCCUUUGAAUCGGCAUUAACCACCUCCAUUUUAAUAGACAGGGGUACGAAAGGUCGGAAAUUGAUUGGUUUACUCAGCAUUAGCGGUGACGGGGGUGGGUAAAUUCGUUUUAUUUACUCUUUGGUUCCUGCUGUUUCCUACAGCCUUGGGCUGUAUUUAGUACAAUAAUUGCCCCUAAACAUAACUGUGGAGAGUAAUGGACCUAACCUAGUGUUCAAUUAACAAAAAUUCUUGAGGUUUCCUCAGAACCCUUGUGUCAAAAUGAUAAUUAAGGCCCUUCCCUCAUUCUCCAACCUAUUUGAAUUCUCAGAGGACUGUUACAUAUGUAAAUUGAGCCCUGAAUCUUACGUGUUACUGGAGAAGCUGGGAAUCCUCUCCAAGCCGGAGACUACUUUCUAGAGGGGGAAUGGGACACACUUUGUUAAAAAGACAAAAACUGGAAUUUCAUCCUUGCUCCGUGUUAUUAAGGUGCUAUCAUAAUGCCUCUGGCUGGUGUAUCUGGGCUUAUUAUUAGGCAUUUUGUAAGCAUCAGGCCAUCGGGAAGAGCUUUCUGCUCUCCCAGCAUUAUGGCAUCUAGUUACCUUUUGCUUACCUACAUCAAGGGCCUGUUCUGGGAUUUAUGGUGUCAAAUUGUUAUUUUAGAAGUUAGAUUUGUGUCCCUGUCGUAAUUCUUCGAGGCCUAAUUAAAUUUUACCCUCGGCCCAGCCCAGGCUUGGAGGGGACAGUGAACUCCAGGGUACUGUCGGGAUUUGUGGCACUGAGUGAAAAUUUACAGAAUCAAAAUGGUACGUGAAAGUUUCAAAAUUAGAUCUAAUUCCUCCUCAACGUUAAAUAUAAGACCACUGAAACGAAGUCACUAGGUUUGUUGAUGCCAGAGACUAGCACGGCACCAAAGUCUUCAGGUCCACUGCACCAUGCUUAAGUCAAAACUGGUGUCUUAGAGAAGUGAUUUUUGAGAAACUGCAAUUUAGGGAGAAGAGACAUGUUAAUUUUUGAGAGCUCUGAAGACUUUCUAACGUCGUGGGGUUUAUAAUGUUAAUAGGAACAAUUGUUAUGUAACAAACACUUCUUUAUCAGUGCUUUUCAACAUCAUUUAUAAUGCCAGCAUAGGGAUCCACACUUUGGACAUGUGUUAUACAUUUUGCCUAACUUGCUCUUAUUGGAUGCUUAAGUUUUCAAUUCUUUUGUAUUAUUUAGUAAAUGGGUACAUAAUUUGCAAAACAGCUAGUAGGAAAGAAAUGUUUAGAUUCACUCAAAAAUUUCCCAGAUUCAUCGAGGUUGUAUCAGAGUCACCAAUGGACAGGUGGGUAUUCCUUUAUUAUGCCCCUUUCUAUUCCUUCUCAUGGCUCAAAGGGAUAUUUUCCUAGGGGGUUAUGUUUGACUAAAAUGUAUGGAAAUUUCUCACAGGUGAUUCCUGAGCGGCAAGAUAAGGUCUCUUAAGACUUCUGUCUUCCACCUUUCCCUGUUCUGGCUUCAUAGUUUCUAUCCUUUCCCAAGAGCAGCAGAAAAUGAACAAGUAUCAGGGACCUGUAACAUUCAAGGAUGUUAUUGUGGAAUUCACCCGGGAGGAGUGGCAGUUACUGGACGCUGCUCAGAGGACCCUGUACAAGGAAGUGAUGCGGGAGAACUAUGGUCACCUAGUCUCAGUGGGUUACUGUGUGAAUAAGCCAAAUGCAGUCUUCAAGCUGAAGCAAGGAAAAGAACCGUGGAUACUGGAGGUGGAAUUUCCACGUCGGAACUACCCAGAAGACCUUUGGAAGAUUCAUGACUUAGGAGCAAGAUCCCAGGGAAGCCAAGCUGAAAAUUCAAGGAAUGGAGAACUCACAAAACACCAGCAAACUCCUGCCAGAGAGAAAAUCUAUAAAUGUAGUGAAUGUGGAAAGUCCUUCUGCCAGAAGUCUAUCCUCCUAAUACAUCAGCAUAUUCACUCAAAGGACAAACCCAGGGAAUGUGGGACAUCGGUCCCUAGGAAUGGAGACCUCACAAGACAACAGAAAGGUCAAGCCAGAGAGAAAACCUAUGAAUGUAAAGAAUGUACGAAAACCUUCUACCACCUGUCCUCUCUUAGUAGACACUUGAGAACUCAUGCAGGGGAGAAACCCUACGAAUGCAAUCAGUGUGAGAAAUCCUUCUACCAGAAGCCACACCUUGUGGAACAUCAGAAAACACACACAGGAGAGAAACCCUAUGAGUGUAACGAGUGUGGGAAGUUCUUCUAUGUUAAGGCAUACCUCAUGGUACAUCAGAAAACACACACGGGGGAGAAGCCGUAUGAAUGUAAGGAAUGUAGGAAAUCCUUUUCCCAGAAAUCACACCUCACGGUACAUCAGAGGACACACACAGGGGAGAAACCCUAUAAAUGUAAGGAAUGUGGGAAAUUCUUUUCUAGAAAUUCACACCUCAAAACUCAUCAGAGAACUCACACAGGAGAGAAACCCUAUGAAUGUAAGGAGUGUGGGAAGUGUUUCUACCAGAAGUCAGCUCUCACAGUGCACCAGCGAACUCACACAGGGGAGAAGCCCUUUGAAUGUAAUAAAUGUGGGAAAAACUUUUACUAUAAAUCAGACCUCACUAAACACCAGAGAAAACACACAGGGGAGAAGCCUUAUGAAUGUCAAGAAUGCGGUAAAUCCUUCUCUGUGAAUUCAGUCCUCAGAUUACAUCAAAGGACUCACACAGGAGAGAAACCCUAUGAAUGUAAGGAGUGUGGGAAAUCCUUCUCUCAGAAGUCACAUUUUAUCAUACAUCAGAGGAAACACACAGGGGAGAAACCCUAUGAAUGUCAGGAGUGUAGGAAAACUUUUAUCCAGAAAUCAAAACUCACUGCCCAUCAGAAGACACACACAGAGGAAAAAAGCUUAUAAACAGUAUGAAUAGGGAACUUUUUUCUGAGUUCAUCCUUCAGAAUAAUCAGAUAAUUCACACAAGACCAAAAAACUUAGGAAUAUCAUCUAUAUGGGAAAGUUUUAGUCACAAGAGUUUUUCUUGACAGGAAAUACACAAAAAUUCUUUGAAUCUAGAAGGAAGAAAUUUUUACCAUAUGUUAGACUUUAGUGUCAGACACCCUACAAAUUGUAAAGCAUGAGAGAGACCAUUCUUUUAGAAGUCACGGUAUACUGUACAACACAGAAAUCACAUGAAAGAAGAACAAAUAAAAAAAACGAAGGUCAGGAACUUUCUGGUCAGGGCAGCCAUCACUAGAUAUCCCAAAGCUCACGUGAAUGAGAGCCUCCGAUCCGUGUCCAUCCUGAGCUUCAGAAAUACUUUACAACAGGUGGACUCCGAACGCUCAAAGGGGUGACUAGACGUCGAAACAGAUCCAGAAGCCCUUCUUGAGAAGUGACGUCUCUGUGACCUUCAGAUGAGCGAUGCCAGGAUAGAACCAUCGCAGACAUCUCAAAUACGUCAGUUUCCUGACAAAAACUCAGUAUCUGUAUUGGGUGAGAGUGACAGUUACGCCAGAAGUCAUGUUGCAGCGACUGGAUUGUGAGGGUUGGGUUAUUUUUUUCUUUGAAGAAACCUGCAAAUGUCUAGAUAGAUAGAUAGAUAGAUGAAGCUUUUUAAAAAGCACAAACACAUUGAGAAACCAGGUGACAUCCUUGAACUCACGUGAAAAGUCCUUGAGUGGAGCUGAUGUGUGUCCGCGUGCUGCUAGGCCGAUCACAGAUGUCUGUGCAUGCACGGAUCCCAUCCAUAAGUGUACACAGGAAAAUCCGUAACCUCAGCUCCGCAGCUCUCACGUGCGUGAGGAGAUCCCACGUCAACCCUCAGCAUCGACUCCUGUUGUUCCAGUGUAUAUUUUAAGUGUACUGUUCUUUUAAAAUUUAAUGCAUCUCUAUUUCCUGGCAUUUUUAAGUGAAUUCAGAUGUUCCUGAACUGAUCCUUCGGAAAGAAGCUAAAAGUCUUUUUGUAAAAUUCUCCAGCUGUCUCGUGGUCAGCCAAAUUUUGCAUUAGGGACACAUUUAUUCCUAAGAAAAGACUGAGUUUAUUUUUGAAAACAGUCUGUAUGAUAAACAGUGCUGUGUGAAGAAGUAGUGUGUGUCCUACUGUUGAUGUUUUAGGAGGGUGCAGAGGUAUCUGCAGGAGAAUUCUGUGUGAGGAAGGAUGUUCUUCACACAACAUGGCAGUGGUUAAGAGUGUGGACUCUGGACUCCCACUGCCAAGGCUCAGAUCCCAUGGGGCAUGCCACUUACCCUCUCUGUGCCUCGGUUUCCUUUUCUAUAAGAGAAGUGAGAAUGUUAGCAUUGCUUGGAGGUAUGAGUUAAUAUUUUUAAAGCACUUAGGAUAGCGUCUGAGACACAAGAAAAGCGUAAGUUGGCUACGACUAUCAUUAUAAUUGUAUUUCUUGAAUGAUGCUGGAAAACAAAAAGGUUGGCUCCCAGCAUUCAUCACUCACUUUCUUGCUGUAGUGCCUUGCUUUGGCUUGGUUGUGCAUUUUCCUACGAAUGGUUCAGAUACUCACGUGUGACCCGCUGCCUGUCUUUGUAGCCUUACAAGCCAACAGUGGUUUUACGUUUCUAAAUGGUUGAAAAAAAAAAAAAAAAAAAGAAUAUUUUGUGACAUGUGCCGAUUAUAUUCAGAUUUGUGUCCAUAAAUAAAGUUUUACUGGAACACUAAUUAAUAAAACAGAGACCGAUGUCUCUGUUCUGCCUGAGGCUGCCUUCAGCACUAUAAGAACAGAGUUGAGUAGUUGUGACGGGAGACCAUAUGGCUCACAGAGCCUAAGACAGUUACUGUCUGGCACUUUACAAAGUCAAGUUUUUCUGUUACUUAGGACUGAAGACAUCACAAUCAAUGUAUACAGUGUACUUCUAUAUAUGCUACAUGUUCCAGGAGUGAUGCACACAGCAGUUUGUGGGUGGGUGGUUUUUGUGGUGUAUUUAUUUUGUACAUUGUAUUUAUAUGUUAAAAGCCUAAGCAUUAGAAUUUUUUUUCAAAUAAAUGUGUUUUACUUGUUGAACUAUCAUAAAAUGCAAACAUCUUCUGAUGGAAUGUAGCACUACACGUAUGAAAUAAACAUUGUCUGAAUUAAACAGAA